AUGCAUCUAAGGAGUGACACUAUUUAUGAAGCUCCCUCACUGCCUGCGACCACAUCUGAUACCGUUCUUGAGCCCAAGGCUACCGUGGCCGAGAAGGAAAAUGAGGCUGAAAAGGAGAAUACUGGCACCACUUCUGGAGUAAAGGUGCCAUUCCCACAGGUACUGAAUCAGAAGAAGAAAGAUGAGCAGUUCACUCGAUUUUUGGACAUCUUCAGAAAGGUGCAUGUGAACAUUCAAUUGAUCGAGGCACUGCUGCAGAUGCCUAAGUAUGCUAAGUUUCUGAAGGAGGUGAUAGCCCAGAAGACCAGUUGGGGGCAGGUUGACACUAUUAACCUAACUGAAAAUUGCAGUGCUCUGCUGCAAAGGAAACUGCCUGCCAAGCUGAAGGACCCUGGAAGUUUCACUGUCGACUGCCUCAUUGGGGGCUAUAAGGUGGAAAAUGCUCUCUACGAUCUAGGUCUGAGCAUCAAUCUAAUGCCACUAUCGGUGUUCAAGCAACUGAACAUCGGUACUUUGAAGCCCACCUCAGCCACACUACAGAUGGCAGACAUAUCUGUCGCGUAUCCAGAGGGAAUCGUGGAAGACCUACUGAUUAAGGUCGGGGAAUUUAUUUUUCCUGCCGACUUUAUGGUCUUGGACAUGGAAGAAGACAAUGGAGUCCCCCUACUGCUAGGACGUCCCUUCCUUGCCACUGUUGAGGCAAAUAUAAAUGUGAAAAGGGAGAGUUGA